CAGCCCUUCCCUCUCCUCUCUCCUGCAGACACCAAUUCCAGUCCUAGUAGGGAUUUGGAUAGCUUCUCAGAGCUUCUAGUUUUCCCUUGCAAAAGUCCCAUCCCUGCUCAAGUCCCAGGUCUGCGUAAGGCGGUUUAUUGUAGCAACAGUUUCCAGCAACUGCCCAGAUAGCGGAGCACCUUCUACCCAGCCUGGAGGUGUGGGAGGAGGGAACGCUGGGCAGGGACUGGGAAAGGAGGACUCCAGGACUAGACAGGAGCUUCAGGGGCACAGCCUAGCCUGGAGAGGAGGAGCGAUGGGCUGCGGACCUUCCCAGCAAGCAGAGGACCAGAGCCUGAGCCGCUUGCCUUCGCCCAGGAAAGGCUGGGAAGAGGGAUCUAAGGCUAAUGUCAGAGUGACUUCUUCCAAAGAGAAUUGCAGGCCCCAAACUGAUGCUGCAUGGCACAGGGACACUGUAGACAAUGCCAAAAGUGUGGACCAACAAGCUCAGAUGGGAAGCUUGCCUGGGACUAUUCCAGAAAGUUCUCCAUCUCUCAGUAAAACAAAUGGGAGAGCAAAUUCAGAUCCAGUGUCCAAUGAACUAAUCAAUAAACCCCAACUCCUGGAGAGUCGAGAGCGACCGAAGUCAUCAGACAUCCUGGAAGAGCUAAUUGUCCAAGGAAUCAUACAGAGCCGAAGCAAAGUAUUUAGAAAUGGAGAGUCAUAUGAUGUCAUGGUGGACACUACUGAAAAGCCACUGAGAAAGCCACCAGCCAGACUGAAAAAACUUAAGGUGACAAAGGAGGUGAAGGACUUCACAAUCCAAGACAUAGAAGAAAAGAUGCAGGCAGCGGAGGAGCGACGAAAGACGAAAAAAGAAGAAAUCAGGAAAAGGCUACGGAGUGACCGACUUCUGCCCACAGCUAAUCCCUCAGAGGAUGCUCAACCGGGCAGGGUAGAGGUUCCAUUCGCAAAAGGCCUUCCAGCUUUGAGUAUCCCUGCUUUGGAGAGGUCAUCUCUGCAGGAAGGAGAGACACUCAAGAGGAAGAAGAGCGAAAGUGAUGUGGCCCGGAUGAAACAGAACUACACCUGUGCAGGUUUGGAGCUUGUGGAGUCCGACGUGUACUACAACCAAGAAGACAACGUAUUCUGAUGCAUCAUUAAAAAAGAAUAAA